AUGUCUAAUAUGGCAGGAUCGAGUACCUCUGAGCUGCGAACUCCAAUUUUCAAUGGAGAAAAUUAUGAGUUCUGGAGUAUCAAAAUGAAAACUAUUCUGAAAUCUCAUGGUUUAUGGGAUCUGGUCGAGAAUGGGUUAAGUGACCUAGAUCUGAAGAAGGAGAAAGAGGAGGCUGUAGACACUGAGAAGUCUAUGGUGGUUCAGACUCUGAUGAAGGAUGCUCGUGCACUUGGAUUGAUCCAAAGUGCUGUUUCAGAUCAGCUAUUUCCAAGGAUUGUGAAUGAGGAAACUUCGAAGGGAGCUUGGGAUAUUCUGAAGCUGGAAUUCAGAGGAGAUAAACAGGUACGAAAUGUCAAAUUGCAAGGGCUGCGUAGGGAAUUUGAAUAUACCCGCAUGAAGGAUAGUGAAUCUUUAUCUGUAUAUCUGGUUAGGUUGUUUGAUAUAGUAAAUCAUAUGAAGAGUUAUGGUGAGGAACUAUCUAGAGAGAGAAUUGUCCAGAAGCUAUUGUUUAGUUUGCCUAAAUCUUAUGAUUCUAUCUGCUCUGUAAUUGAACACUCUAAGGACCUUGAAACUCUUGAGGUUCAAGAGGUUGUUGCUUCACUGAAGAGCUUUGAGCUCAGAUUGGAUAGACACACUGAGAAUUCUACAGAAAAAGCCUUCUCUAGUCUGAAUGUUGGUAGGAAAAACCCUGAAAAUGGAAUUGCUUCUGCAGAUCAAAUACCUCAGAAAAAUUGGAAAUCCAAUGAUGGAAACAAAAUGGCCUGCAAACAUUGUGACAGAUUUCAUUAUGGCAAAUGUUGGUAUGAAGGGAAACCUAAAUGCCAUGGUUGUGGGAAGCCUGGACAUAUGAUCAGAGAUUGCUAUGGACACAAGAAUGUGCAGAGAGUGAAUUAUGCAAAUCAGGAGGAAGAUUGUGGCACUUUGUUUUAUGUGUGUAAUGCUGCAACUGAUGUGAAGGUAAAUCACUCUUGGUAUAUUGACAGUGGUUGUAGUAACCACAUGACAGGAGAUGAGGGACUUUUGGUCAAUAUUCAAAGGAAUUUGAGCUCUAAGGUGAAGAUGGGAACUGGAGAAGUGGUCCCAGUUGCUGGAAAAGGGACUUUGGUGAUAAAAACUAAGUUAGGCAAGAAGCACAUUCAUGAAGUAAUGCUUGUACCUGGCCUUGAAGAAAAUCUGCUUAGUGUUGGGCAAAUGAUGGAACAUGGCUAUCACCUUGUGUUUGGAGGAAAUGUGGUGAGUGUUUAUGACAAUCAGUCACUAGAAAAUCUGAUUGUGAAGGUGCAGAUGACAAAUAACAGAUGCUUUCCAUUGACAAUGAUGCCUGCGAGUGAGUUGGUCCUAAAAGCAAGUGUCACACAUUGCUUGCAGACAUGGCAUAAGAGGCUGGGGCAUUUAAAUGAAAGAAGUAUAAAAUUGCUUGAGAAUCAAGGGAUGGUUCAUGGCUUACCUCACUUGGAGCAGAAGUCAGUUGUAUGUGAUGGUUGUAUGCUUGGAAAACAGCAUAGGGAUUCUUUCCCUUUGGAAUCCACUUGGAGAGCUUCAAACCCUUUGGAAUUGGUUCACACAGACAUCUGUGGACCAAUGAAAACAGAAUCACUAUCUGGAAACAGGUACUUUCUACUGUUUACAGAUGAUUUUACUAGAAUGUCAUGGGUGUACUUCAUCAGAAAUAAGUCAAGUGCAUUGGAAUGUUUUAGAAAAUUCAAAGCUAUGACUGAGCUGCAAAGUGGGUAUAAGAUAAAAGGCUUGAGAAGUGACAGGGGUGGAGAGUUUCUAUCUGGAGAAUUCAACAAGUUUUGUGAGGAAUCUGGUAUUCAAAGGCAGCUAACUAUGGCAUAUUCUCCACAGCAAAAUGGAGUGGCCGAGAGGAAGAACAGGACAGUAGUGGAAAUGGCCAAGUCCAUGUUGCAUGAGAAAGCUUAUACUGGCAGAAAACCAGGAAUUGCACAUUUAAAAAUAUUUGGAUCUCCUUGUCAUGUGCUUAUUCCUUCAGCAUUGAGGCAUAAGCUUGAAGAAAACAGUCACAAGUGUAUUUUUGUAGGCUAUGGUCUCUGUGAAAAGGGAUAUAGGCUGUUUGAUCCAAGUACUAGGAAGAUAAUUCUGUCCAGAGAUGUGCAAUUUGAUGAAAAUGGCUUAUGGAAGUGGGAAAAUACAAAUGAAGAAGAAAUGGUAGUCCCUUUGCCUACUGAGAAUCAAAGCUGUGAACCAAGUCAAAGCUUGGAUACAUCACUGCAAAUGGAUGAAGAAGUCACAUUACAAGCUGAACCAAGUCAAAGCUUGGAUACACAAACUCAAAUAGUUGAAGAUACCACUCUGCAAGAUGAAGGCAUAGGUGAAAGUUCUCAUUUCUUUGAUCACACACCAAAGAAAUGGAGAAGUUGGGUCUACAAGACUAAACUGAAUCUAGAUGGUACUGUGCAGAAAAACAAGGCUCGUUUAGUGGCUAAAGGCUACUCACAAAAGCCCGGUAUUGAUUACAAUGAGACUUUUGCCCCUGUGGCAAGGCUAGACACCAUUAGGACUUUGAUUGCUCUUGCUGCACAUAAGGAAUGGAGCUUUUUUAAAGAGGAAGUAUAUGUGGAGCAACCACAAGGAUUUGUAAAGAAGGAUGAGGAAACAAAGGUAUACAAGUUACACAAAGCUUUGUAUGGUUUGAAGCAAGCACCAAGAGCUUGGUAUGACGAGAUUGAUGCCUAUUUCAACAAGGCUGGUUUCAAGAAAAGUCCAAGUGAGGCAACUUUAUAUGUUAAGGCAGAAGGUUCAGAUGUUCUUAUUGUUUCUCUAUAUGUUGAUGACAUAGUGUACACGGGUAGCAGCUCUCAAAUGAUUGAAGAAUUUAGGAGAGAUAUGAUGGAACACUAUGAGAUGACAGAUUUGGGAGUAUUACACCAUUUUCUUGGAAUGGGGGUGAUACAGUCUAAACAAAGGAUUUUCUUGCAUCAGAAGAAGUAUGGACAGAAGCUGGUUGAAAAAUUUGGUUUGAAAGAUUGCAAAAUAGUGGCUACACCACUUGCAAUGAAUGAGAAGUUAAGUAAGAAUGAUGGAAGUGAGGCUGCAGAUGAAGGAGAAUAUAGACAGAUUGUGGGCAGUUUGCUCUACUUGACUGCAACUAGGCCUGACAUAAUGUUUGCAGCUAGCCUCUUGGCAAGAUUCAUGCACAAUCCCACCAAGAAACACAUGGGAACUGCUAAAAGGGUAUUGAGAUACAUUCAAGGAACAAUAGACUUUGGAAUUGUAUUUGAGAAAGGAAAAGAAACUACUCUUAUUGGCUAUUGUGAUAGUGAUUGGGCAGGAAGUGAAGAUGACAUGAGGAGUACCUCAGGGUAUGUUUUUACUAUGGGAUCGGGAGUGUUUUCGUGGGCUUCAAUUAAGCAAAAUACAGUUGCUUUGUCUACAGCAGAGGCAGAAUAUAUAAGUGCUGCAGAGGCUACUUCUCAAGCAAAGUGGCUGAGAUUUGUACUUGAAGAUUUUGGAGAAGAACAGAUUGAAGGAACACAGAUAAUGUGUGAUAACACAUCAGCAAUUGCUAUGGCAAAGAACCCUGUUUUCCACCAGAAGUCAAGGCACAUUAACAGAAAGUUUCAUUUCAUUCGAGAAGCAAUUCAAGCCAAGGAGAUAGAACUUGUCUACUGCAGAACUGAGGAGCAAAUUGCAGAUAUUCUGACUAAAGCUUUGCCUAAGGACAGGUUUGCAUACUUAAGGGAAUUACUUGGUGUUAAGUCGGCUAAAGGAUUAGAAGGGAAUGUUGGUGUGUAA